AUGGCGGCCGAACCAUAUGACCCUUAUAUUCCUAAUUCAUCUUCUCAAGGAAAUAGUAACCAAGCAGGACAAGGUGCUUCUAAGACUGCUCGUGUGCAGCAGCAAGUAGACGAGGUUGUCAAUAUAAUGCAAGAAAAUAUCGAUAAAGUCAUGCAAAGAGGUGAACGAUUAGAUGAUCUUAGAGGAAAAACAGAGGAUUUACAAGCAACGGCGACACAUUUUAGACGUGGAGCUAAUCAAGUACGUAAAAGAAUGUGGUGGAAAGAUUUGAAAUGGAAGAUUAUUAUCGCAGUGACAAUUAUCGUUAUCUUGGCUAUUAUUAUUGGCUCCAUUGUUGGUACACAGACGCGCCAUAAUUAA